AUGGACUUCUCGCGGGAGCCUGAGCACUCCGACAAACUACAUGUAUUAGGCGUUCAGCCGUGGAACGCCGAGCCAGACAUUGCAGAGCUAGUCCGACACCCAUACACACCAGAGCAGCUCGUAUAUAGCCGAAAUCAUUGUCCGAUCCGGGCUUUGGAUGCGGCCACAUUCAGCGUCAAAGUCAACGGUCUCGUCAAGCACGAGCGAGCAUUCACAUUGGACGACCUGAAGAGAGAGUUCCAGCGCAAGGAGGUAGUCGCCGCGCUGCAAUGCGCAGGCAACAGACGGAAGACGAUGCAGGAACGCGACCACAAGGAAGUCGAAGGCCUGCUCUGGGGCGAAGGCACGAUCGCGAAUUGCAAGUGGGCCGGCGUGAGCAUGCGCGAGCUUCUCGAGCGGAACGACGACUGGUUCGGCGGGUCCAUCCCGCUGGAGAAGGCGCUCGACGAAGACGGGGACGUGCUGCUGGCGUACGAGAUGAACGACCGUCCGCUGUCACCAGACCAUGGCUUCCCGUUCCGUGUGGUCGUGCCCGGAUACACGGGCGCACGCUGGGUGAAGUGGGUGGACGAGAUCACUGUUGCUGAACGCGACUCGGAGAACUUCUACCAGAAGAAGGACUACAAGGUGCUUCCGACGAAGGUACAGACACACGAGAUGGCGGACAAGGAGGACUGGUGGUCCAAGGUCCCCGCACUUCAAGCCAAUCCACUCAACUCGGCAGUGGCUUCCGUGAGAGUGGUGCCGCCAGGUAGGCUCGAAGUCAAAGGUUACGCAGUGCGGGGUCCUACCGGCCAGGUGAGCAAGGUGGAGGUGAGCGUUGAUGAGGACGACACCUGGCAGCCGGCGACGAGCACCUAUCAGGAGGGCCGGUGGAGUUGGACGCUGUGGGAGGCAACCUUGGACGUGCCGCAUGCUCGCAGAGGGAAAGAGGGCAAAGUCUGGUGCCGAGCGGUAGAUGUGGCAGGGACAAUGCAGCAGCCCGACACGGACUGGAACUUGCGUGGAGUGGCAUACGAUGCCGUUGGAGAGAAGACAUUGCACGUUUGGUAG